AUGUACCAUCCUAUCCGUGAAGGAACUCGUGGGGGGCAAGGGCUCUUCUCGUGGGCCCAAGUGAGCGCAGAUAAAGAUAGAGAGCACUACCUUGGACAUUCCGUUAACGCGCCCACGGGAAGAUGGCAAAAGAGCCAGGACGUUCAUUGGUAUAACCGAGAAAAAAAGCAGUCUGAUAAAGAAAAGGCAGAGGAGCUUAGGAUGAUUAAAGAGGCUGAAGCGGACGCAAUUGCCGUUGCACUGUGA